AUGGAAAUGAAAAAUUUUACUGGAGGUGAAAACCUGCGGACAUAUGCAGAACUUUACUGCUCUGUGGAAAUUACUAGAGAGGUACAUGGGCAGCUCAUUUUUCUCUCUGUCAUCAACAUUUUUUUGUCAAUUACAGCAUUUUUGGGGAAUGCUCUGAUCUUAGUUGCCCUUCACAAGGACACAUCAAUUCAUCCGCCAUCCAAACUCCUGUAUCGCAACCUAGCGAUAAGUGAUCUUUGUGUUGGUAUCACUGUCGAGCCCCUGAAUGUUGCUCAUUGGACAUCUGUGGUGAACAAAAGAUGGGAUAUUUGCUAUGACACAUAUUUGACAGCACAUUUCGCAGGUGUUACUUUGUGUUCAGUGUCGUUGAUAACACUGACUGCAAUAAGUGUGGACAGGCUUCUCGCUUUGCUACUGGGUUUCAGGUACAGACAAGUUGUAACUUUGAAAAGAACAUGUUUAAUUGCUAUUGGUGGUUGGAUUGUGUCCAUUGUUGGUUCAUCUACAUCCUUUCUGAAUCUUCCUGUAGUUUCAUUGUACAAUUAUAUUGCUUCAGCUUUUUGUUUAGUUACUACAAUCUGUGUCUACACAAAAAAUUUCAUGUCUCUGCGUCAUAACCAAAUUCAUGGUCAGAACCAUGUUCCUCAAUCGAGCCAAGCAAAUACACUGAAUAAAGCUCGAUUGAGAAAGGCAGUGUACGGUGCACUUUGGGUCCAGGUAACAUUAUCUUCCGUGCGGUAUAGCCGUAGCUUUAACAAUUCAAAGGGGAAUGUCUUUAUCUACUUACCUUGCUUUGCAAUUUACAGCUACUUUAGUGUGUUUAAACUCGUCGUUAAAUCCGUUGCUGUACUGCUGGAAGAUCACAGGAGUGAGACAAGCUGUAAAAGAAACAUUACAACUACACUUCUGUAUCAACUAAGACUUAGACUAAGACUUAUGGCAUUAAGACUACCAGUUGUAAACCGCCGUCCAGAAAGUGUAGUUUUGGCUUGUUAAAGGAACAUUUACUAACGAACUUCAUAGGAAACUGUAAAAUAUGAAAGAAAAUAAAUAAUAUGGGUACUGUACUUCCCAUAAGCUUUAAAAUUAGAACUUUCAUUCUUUUUUUAUAAGCUUGUACAAGCACACCUCGCUUGUCAUUUACUUUUCACCAAAUUCAAAUACAAAAUGUGUCUCAAACACAAAAGAAGAGCUUUCAUGGCUUUUGAAAUGGGGAGCAGCCCAGAGAAAAUACACUUGAUAAUAUUAAAAAAAAAACCGAGGGGAUUGACCUCAAUCCCCCACCGCCCUCAUUUUUACGUUUCAAGAGUUAACCAUAGCUCGACUUAGAAAACCAGACAAAUGUCCUGUAUCUUUCGGAAUUGAACCAUUAAUGUCUCAUUGCAGGUUAAAAGACAAAAACAAAACUCAUUAGGAUAGAUAACCUUCCCCCCCUACCCCGCUCCUCGAAAAACCUUUCGGGGAGGAACAAAGACCGGACCAGGGAAACGGCGGAAAUCGAGCCCACAAACUCAUUUGUUUAUGUUAAACAUACAAGUUAAUAAUCAGAGUCAUCUCAAUACAAAAUGAAAAUAUUACUCGCCAGUUAGCGAAUUAGUUCUCUGACAAUGAAGACCCAAUGAAGACUAUCAAUCUAUCAAUAAGCUACAGAAAGAGAACAGCUCAUUUGAACUCAGUUACAUCACAGAGACACCAGCCAGAAAACCGUCAGAGAAUUGUACUGUAAUUUACAUGGUUUCUCCGUCUUCCAUGCACAAGUGAAAAUGUUCAAUGGAAGUGUACGUGUGCUGUUCACUCGUGUAUCAUUAAAAUUAAAAACAAAUUUAAAAUACAGUAGCAUAAAUAGUCAUAGAGGGUCAGAAUUAACCCUCGUUGGUGUCGAGUAAGUGUAGAGUAAGGUCGAGGUAAAUCAUUGAUAUACAUAAGAGUCGAGUUUAUGACAUCACCCAUUGUUAUAACCUAGGGAAAAUUGGUUAGGAAAAAGUGCCUUCCUGCCGAUUAAUUAAGUGUCUAGUCAGUGUCUUCCUGCAUACUAGCUAAUUUAGUGCCUUCCUGUACACUAUUUACAGCAGUCUUGCCCAAGCGACUAUAUAAGACACCUACAUCAUACAUUCAUUAUCACCUUCAAGACAAGACACACAGGUCUCAUCAUGGCCUCAUUAAACGUGCUCGUCAAAACUCCUUCCCUCCUCACCCUUUCGCCUUUCCCGUUGUUUCUUCAUUGGCGUUCGCCGCUUCCUUCCGGCCUCCUGUUUUUAUUUCCAUCCUCCUCAAUUUCUUAAGCUAUGCUCGCGAUAAGUAUCUUGUUUUGCAACCUAGAUUUUAUAGGUUGCCACGUGUUCGACAUUCGGUCUGUCACAUAUAUUUUCAAGGUCAGUAUUCUCUGCACUUUUUCCCUUUUUUUUUGCAGAAUUUUCUUAGUUUUAUUCUUUGCUUUGGUUGUAUUUCUUUCCAAUCCUUUCCUUGUUAUUCUUUUUCUGCAGCCGCUCCCGAGAUUUCAGUCUUACAAGGGAGUCUAAAGGCCGAUACACACGAGGGGUUUUGCUCCCGAAGUUCGCUCAAUUUGCCCCGGGAGCAUGCUCCCAAAUGUUAAACCGGUUAAAUAUCGGGAGCAUUUUGCGGGUUGGAAAUUCUGCUCCCAAGGCUGAAGUAUACCCAUGAAAUCGUUGGUACGCACGGAGGAGCUUUGCUCCCGGGAAGUGCCCCUGGAGCAUGCUCCGGGAGCAAAAUCCCUCGUGUGUACCGGUCUUUAAUUCCCUGUCGGAUUAGCGGCGCGUAAGCCUGCUACCCCUCGAGCCGCGUCUUUUCCUAUAUUGUCCUCACAGUACCACUUUAUCUUUCAGGUUGCAAUUCCUUAGUUUCAUCGAUCAUUUUCUUCUGAUGGAUCCCGUGAGAGGUUCUUUCGUUAUUGCUUCGGUUUUUCUCCAAUCUUAUUGAGCGGCUAGCAGUCAGUUCUUGUUCAGUUCUCGCAGUAUGUCCGCGAUUUCUUAUUUCUGCAUGCGGGGAUUUCAGUUUUUUCUUUUCAUAUGCCUAUUUUGUCUGACGCUAUUUAGUCUUCGCACUUCCGAUUGUCCUAGUUUUAUUCAUGCAGAGUCAGUACAUGAAUUUGCUUUACUAGCAUGCAUUCCCGUUUGGUUUUUUAAGGUACGUGUUAUUAUAAAUGGCUGCAUUUUCAUGUCUGAGCUAUUGUUUGGCUUAUGCUUUCGUUUUUGUUUUAAGCAAAACCCACAGGUUUUUGUUCUAAAUAAAUGUGUUCUGUGACUCCAGAGCAGAAGUUGUUUUAGGGCAAUUUUUUCUUUCCUGACUCUGUCGAGCGUGUUUAUGACCAGGGGCUUAAUUUCGCCAAUUUUUUUAUCACCCCCUGAUGUUGUUUACAAUUUGUUCUGUGGCUCCAAAGCAGAAGUUGUUUUACGGCAAUUUUUGGUAACCUGACCCUGUCGAGCCUGUCUUAGAACUAGGGACUUAAUUUUGCCAAAUUUUAUUACGCCCUGGUCUUGUUAACAAUGUGUUUUGUGACUCCAGAGCAGAAGUUGUUUUACGGCCAAUUUUUGUUACCUGACUCUGAAGAGCGUGUAUUGGACCAUUAAUAAAAAUUCCCACUGAUAUCUAAAGCCCCAAAUUAAACAAGCCCUCCUCUCAAUUAAGCCGCCGCCGCUCCCCCCCCCCAUUAAACAUGUUUGAAAUAGAUAAGCUACCCCUCUUUCCCAACCCCCACCGCCCCCUUUGAGGGCUUCACUGAGGGUUUCUGCAAUCAGCUGGCAGUAUGCAAGAAAUAUAUAAACAGCGAACUGAUCCUGACGGCAACGAAGCGAUGAAGGAAUAAUCAAAAUCAGAUAGAAAAACGAAAAAUAUACUUUCAGUACUUAUUACCUAAUAUUUUAGUCUGGAAGACAAACCUUCAGCGGAUAAAAGAAAAGGAAAACUAAUUUCAGUCGUAAGCUAAAUUAAAAAAUCAUAAUCGGCUAAUAAAUAUGGACAUUUUCCGUUUAACAAAGUGAAUUUCGAUUUAGAAUUGCGAGAAAUCCCUAUACGUAACGAACGCAUGGAAAAACAGUACAAUCUUAAGGUUUUUCGAAAUUUUUCCGGGAAAAUAAUGUACAAGAAGGAUUACUCAUAUUUUUGACAAUUAUGGAGGGAUUAAAAUUUUCACUUGAUUGUGUUGCCGGAAUAUUCGAAAAUGUCGAUUGAGUGGCACGCUUUCGAACGUUUUUCCAGUUCUCGUAUGCAGGAAAACUUCCAGUUAGGAGGAGAAUUUAGGAGAAGUCUACACAGGAGCUACUUUUGUGUUUAGUAAAAUGAGGAAUCAACAUCACCUUUCACCGUUUAAGAAGUGUUUUUCUCUUUAACUAUAAACCACACACUUCCGCUUCGUUCAAUAACAUCGCAGACAAAAUGGCGAGGACAAAUAAGCACGCAUUAAGAAAAGUAGCAGGUGUUUAUACCGAAAGAACUGUCACGUUAUUAUUAAAACUAUCCGUCAUUAGAUCAGUUAGGUAAAAUAAUUGAGGCCCAAAAAUAACACUUUCCCUUAAAAAUUGCCUUUUCAAAAUUGAACACUAAGAUUUUAGCGUCCAGGCAAUAUACGCCUCAGUCAAACUCAAGGCAAUUGUAAAUGGAACCUCUAAGGUGCGCCACCUCAAACAAGUGAUAAAUAACGUAAAUACUGCGCACUUAGUUAAUAUUAGUUUCGAUAAUAAAAGGUAAAACAGCUAAGGAGAGCCCCAUAUCGGUAUAUUAAUAUAGCACUCUUUUGCGCGUAGUUGCAUCGUAGACAAAAUGGCGCUGAAGAAUUUUACUGAAGGUGAAAACCAGAAAAAAAUCGUAGUACUAUCCUGCUCGGCCGAAUUUACUGCAGAGGUACAAGGCGAACUGAUCUUUCUGUCAAUUGUAAACAUCUUUCUGUCGAUUGCAGCAGUUCUGGGAAACACUCUGAUCCUAGUUGCUUUGCACAAAGAAACUUCACUUCACCCGCCGUCCAAACUCCUGUAUCGUAA